AUGACGUCAGCUCCUUCUCAAGAUAAGUUCAUUACCGGACAGCGAGUAGCUCUUAAGGAGCCCGAAAAGGGCCUCCGUUACGCGCCGCGUGGCACCGUGCGAUACGUCGGACCCGUGGACGGUCACAAGGGCGAGUGGGUUGGCGUAGAGUGGGACGAUCCUUCGCGAGGAAAGCAUGACGGAGUGGUAACCGGGAAACGUUACUUCCAUUGCGAAAUGGUCCCUGCUGGCACGCCAGCCGGAUCGUUUGUGCGACCGCAAAAGCUGACUGGAGGGGUCACUCUGCGUGAUGCAUUGCUGGACCGCUAUAACACAAGCGGGGAGGACUAUAAAGCGGAGCCCAUUUACAGGGCUCUAGGCCGGCGAAGGGCCAUGGUGAUCGAAUUCGUGUCUGCUCCAGCGAAUAAGAGUGGAGCAGAUAGGGCUGGAGAAGGAAUCGAUACAGCUGUGCUGGGGAAUGAUAGAGACGCAUCUGGCGGAGUGGGGGGAUCUGAGGAAAAAGGGACUCAGGAUGAAUCAAUGGGAACGAAUGGAGGCAUGUUGGGUGGAAGAGAAGGCAGGGAAGAGGACAAGGGCGAGCCGCCCAAGAGAAACGGGAUGUGGCUGUCUCGUCUCCAGGCUGCAAACGUGUCGGAAGUGCCUGUGGGGUCGGUGGGAGCUGUAGGGGAGGUCGCAGCUAUUGCAUCCCUGACAGAGCUUGACAUGUCAUACCACCUGCUCAACACCUGGCACGAGACGCCUCAAAAUCCCCCCCGUCUCUCCAUUGGCUGGGCUAACAAGCUUGGACUGAGCAACACACGGGUCACAUGGGCCCAGCACCUGACGUACCUGGACCUAUCGGACAAUCGCAUUGCUGACUGGGCCCAAGUCUCCUUCCUCUCAGCCUUACCUUCCUUGAAGUGGCUGCUGCUAUCAGGAAACCAAAUCACCAACAUCCCAGGGAAUGAUGGCUCGCCUGCAAACGCCUCUACCUUUCACAACCUGCACCAUCUUUCAUUAGCUGACAACAACAUCUCUCAAUGGUCGUCCAUAGAUGCCCUGGCCAUCACAUGCCCGAACCUCAAGAGGGCAGGGGCAACAGCGAAUGGGAGCCUGACACCUGGCAGUGACGGUGCUGCUGCUGCUGAUGGGGAGGAGGGUGGGAGGGUGGAGAGGUGUGAGUUUGGGCUUGGGGUGACGGAGGAGGGGAGGAUGGGAGUGAUUGCGAGAAUGGGGUCAAUUCAGAAGCUCAAUUGUGUUCAGGCCCUUGACUUGGUAUCAGAGCGACGGAAACUCCUCCCAGGCGUCCAUGCCAACGCUUCCACAGCUGCUACUCUUGCUCCUGGUUCUGCCGGUGCUGCUGGUGGUGCUGGCAGUGCUGGCAGCAAUGCUGCUGAUGUUACUGCCAGCUCCAACCACCCCAGAAGCUCUUCGUUCCUCAGCAUCACUUUCCGGGUGAUUGCUCCUGAAUGUGACAGUAGCAGCAUGGCAAAGGAAGUUACCAAGAAGCUUCCUCAGUCCACAACUGUGUCUAAAAUGCGACCCCUCAUUGCUCGAUUGCUCAAGCUGGAGCCCCGCUCCUUCUCCCUCUUCCUCCUGCCAAUUCCACCCUCGAAGGCGUUCAGGUGCCUCCUAGGCCGUCUGCUCUCCUCUUCCUCCUCUCUGCCCGGCUCUGCUGGAGUCGCGAUGCGUCGAGCCAUCCCUCUCACCCCUUCCACGUCGGACCGCGCUUCCAUGCUACAAAUGGACGUACCAGGACAUUCCAUCCUUACCACCCGGCGCUAUGGAACCCCAGCACAACCCAGACGAACUCAUGGGAGAGGAGGAGCUCGGUGCCUCCUUCUCGGUCGAUUCCUUUUUUGCCGAGGAGGCUGUCACCCCCGCUGUCUCUGCUCCGCCUCCCGCGAAACGCGUCUGCGCUGCUGGCUCUUCCAGUUCUGUGCCUGUGGCUCCCCGGGCGGCCACGGUGGUGCCGCCAGUCCCUCCGGGCAUGGCUCCCGCAGCUGGUCCUCCUCGGCUGCGCCUGCUCCUUCAACGUCGACCCAGGAAGCCAAUUCUGUGGUCGCCCUCGCCAUCACCGGCCGGUAUCAGCGCCUACGGCGCAACCGCGAGACUGUGGGAGUCGUCGUCGCGGCCUUGGCUCGUGACACCGAUGCACUUGUCGUGCUCCUGUUCCCUGAGGCGCUCGAAGCGCACCGCAGCCGCAUCCUUACCCGCGUCCGCAGCAUCCUCCGUGGUCGUGAUUUCUCUGGUGGCCGCGUCCCUGUCUUCGAGGCCUCCGCAGGCGAGCUGCUGCGCCUUCCCCGUCGCUCGUACUGCCGUCACAUGCUCCAGUGGCCGUCGGCUGAUGAUGCAAACCGCUUCAAGCAACUCCUUCCGAUCUCCUACCGCUCUUCCGAGGGGCCGACCGCGGAGAUUAAGGUCUACCAGGAUCCCGCUCCCGACUUCUCCGCGGCAAAGUCUUGUGGUGAAACUGUUCUGGUGUUGCGCAACGUGCCUUUGUUUGACCCCUAUGAGGAGUCCUUUCUCCCACAGAUGCUGGGCAUAGCCGUCGCGCCUCCCAACGACCCGCUGUUUGAGGCUAUUCCGGCCGUGAUCUGGGUGCCUAACUGCCUCUACUCGCUUUGCUUUGGGUCGGUCUGCCGUUACGUCUUCGCCAGGAUCAUCGGCCACCAUCCUUCAGUGGCCUCCUUCAAGGCAGACCCCGGCACCUUCUUCAUCGGAACCGACCUCGAGGUGGAGCAGAUAUCCGGCAGCUCCACUCCCCUGGAAGAGUACGGGGACGUGAAGGUCCACAUCUUCAAUCAGAAUGGCCCUAUCGCUGCCUUUCUUGCGUAG